GCAGGUCGGGCAGGCGGGGCGGGCGGCGGGAGGAGCGAGGCGCGGCCGAGCCGGGCCGGCACAGCGCGCAGUGCCCGCCCGCAGUGCCCGCCCGCGGGGAGGCUCCGCUGCCCGGCUACUGUUCUUGCCGGAGUUUCGGGCUGCUGUCCUUUUCCAGACUUUCUGUGCCCGCGGCAUGGCCGGGGUGCCACAGGGAGAGCGCCUCUCCUUCCGCGCCUUCCGGGCCGCCCGGCCCGCCGGGUGCGAGUACGGGUACGGGCACGGAGACGGGCUGAGCGGGCUCCGGGAGCGAGAGUUCCCCCGGCUCCGAGGGAUUACUUACCUUGACCAUGCUGGUUCAGCACUUUUCCCAGAGAGUCUACUUAAAGCUUUUACUGAUGACCUCCGAAACAACGUUUAUGGCAACCCUCAUAGUCAGAAUAUCAGCAGCAAGCUGACAUAUGACACAAUCGAACAUGUCCGAUACAGAAUAUUGCAACACUUUCACACUACUUCUGAGGAUUACACCAUCAUUUUCACAUCUGGAUGCACAGCUGCGCUUAAACUGAUAGCAGAAUCGUUCCCUUGGAUACCUGAAGGCACAAAGCAACCCAGCAGUCGAUUUUGUUACUUAACUGACAGCCAUACAUCUGUGGUGGGUAUGAGGGGGAUAACUGCAUCAAUGAAUGUCUUGUCUGUUCCAAUAACACCACAAGAAAUCUCGUUAGCGGAAAGCAGGUUACCAGCUGAAGAACAAAACUGCACGACACCUCAUCUUUUCUCCUAUCCAGCUCAGAGCAAUUUUUCUGGUACCAAAUAUCCCCUUUCAUGGAUACAGGACAUAAAAUCUGGAAAACUCUGCCCCAUCAAAACACCAGGGAAGUGGUUUAUUCUACUAGAUGCAGCUUCAUACGUGAGCAGUUCUCCAUUAGACCUGGGAGUUCAUCAAGCUGACUUUAUUCCCAUCUCAUUCUAUAAGAUCUUUGGAUUCCCAACUGGUUUAGGAGCAUUAUUGGUAAACAACCGGAUUGCUCCCCUCUUGAGGAAAACCUAUUUCGGAGGUGGAACUGCAGCUGCCUACCUUGCAGGAGAGGAUUUUUAUUUCCCAAGGAAAUCGAUAGCAGAAAGGUUUGAAGAUGGCACAGUCUCUUUUCUUGAUAUCAUUGCUCUGAAACAUGGAUUCGAUGUUCUGGAAAAACUCACAGGUGGAAUGGAGAAAAUAAAACAGCAUACCUUUACAUUAGCUCACUAUACCUAUACUGUGCUUUCUAACUUAAAAUAUGCCAAUGGGGCUCCUGUAGUUCACAUUUACAGUGAUACAGACUUCAGCAGUCCUGAUGUCCAGGGUCCAAUCAUUAAUUUUAACGUGCUCGAUGAAAACGGAGAAGUGCUCGGCUUUUCACAGGUGGACAAGAUGGCCAGUCUCCACAACAUACAUGUCCGCACGGGUUGCUUCUGUAACACAGGAGCCUGCCAGAUGCAUUUGGAUAUAAGCAAUGAGGACAUCCGAAGGAACCUGCAGGCUGGCCAUGUCUGUGGAGAUGAUAUAGACCUAGUUGAUGGACGUCCCACUGGUUCUGUGAGAAUAUCCUUUGGCUACAUGUCUUCUUUUGAAGAUGCACAGACCUUUUUGAAUUUUAUCAUAGCCACCAGACUUUCCAAAUUGGACACUGAGACUCCUUUCAAGUCUGUUACGAAGCUGACAAUAGAGUCUGUUCCAGAUGACCUCCCUUGCUUUAACAAUGCAGACAAAUUGUCUCCAAUACUACAAAUCUCAGAUGGAGAACUCAGGAGUAAUCUGUCUGCGACAAAGACAACUGUCAACUGGCAGCCACUGGAGACUGAGGCUGAAAGCAUAAGGGCAGCUGUUUCUGAGACUGCAGUGCCAACAUGUAGGAAAGGUGGCAAGCCCAUCACUGUUGCCAGCAUUUACCUCUACCCAAUCAAAUCCUGCUCUGCAUUUGAGGUUACAGAAUGGCCAGUAGGAAAUCAGGGUUUGUUGUACGACCGAAACUGGAUGGUUGUAAACCAGAAUGGAGUCUGUAUGACUCAGAAGCAGGAGCCAAGAUUGUGUCUUAUAAAUCCCUCGAUUGAUCUGAAGCAAAAAAUUAUGGUUAUUCAGGCAGAAGGCAUGGACCCAGUAUCUGUAUCGCUAGAAGACAAUACUGAAAAAGAGGCUGUGGUUUGUGAGAGUAAAGUCUGUUCACACAGGGUAAAAACAUAUGACUGUGGAGAAAGAAUUGCUGGCUGGUUCUCUAUGUUUCUUGGUCGUCCAUGUCGUUUGAUAAGACAAAGUUCAGACAUGAAAAGCAAGUCACAUCAGAAAAAUACAAAAGGUCUGUCAUCUGCUAAAAACAUCUCACUCUCGCUCGUGAAUGAAGCGCAAUACCUCCUGAUAAACGUGGCAAGCAUUCUGCAGCUGAAAGAACACAUUUCUGCAAGAUUGGAAAAGCCAUUGGAAAUAGAGGAAUUAAUCCAGCGCUUCCGUGCCAACAUUGUCGUCAGUGCACCAGAGUCCUUUGAGGAAGAAGAGUGGGCUGAAAUUUCAAUAGGUGCCCUGCAAUUCCAGGUUGUGGGUCCAUGUAGCAGAUGUCAAAUAAUCUGCAUUGAUCAACAGUCUGGGGAACGAAACAAAGAAAUUCUGCAGUCUCUGUCUGCUGCCAGAGGCAGAAAGACAAACUUCGGCAUAUACCUGAUGAACCAGCCCUUGCACUCAUCCUUUUCAGACAUUUUAUCAGUUGGGUCUCAAGUACUGCCAGUGCUGAAGGAGAAUACAGAAAUUCAGCCUCCAACAUCCAGUGAAGAAAAAUGUUCAGGAUAGAUUCUCUGGUGGAGACAAAAUGUUUAUGCAACUUCAGGGAAAACUUACAGCAGCCUCUGUUUUGCACAAUUGCUUCAGGAUGCAACAGGUUUGAUCAAGUUUUACUGGUGGAUGACUCCCAAAACAAGCCCAGCUUCAUUGUCAGAAAGCCACAUCUCAGUGAAGGAAAGUAAAUACAACAAUACACUACUUCCUUAUGCUGCUUUGUUAAAACCACAAUGAGGAGAGAGGAUGCAAGACAUAUUUUAGAAACAAUGUGGGUGGGAAGGAACAGUGGGAGAGCGGCGUGAGAGUAGCAGUGCGUUCACCUUUUCAAAAAUGAAACUGAAGGUGAUGUGUAGACAGUAUGAAAGCACCGGAAAAGAGGGAAUUAUUGGGAAACCUGUGUCUUCUCCUUCAGAAGUGAUGUGUGAGGAUGUCAACAAGGCUCAAAGAUCAAUGAAGAUUCAGGAUGCCAUUUGCAAAACACAUUCCUGAUGCAGGAAUUCCAUACAUUUGUUCUCAACUUAUUUCUCUCAUUUCCAUUUGUUCCUUUUCCUUCUGAUUUAUUCUAUGUGAUGACUUCCCUGGGGGUUUUUUUGUGUCCUUGCCCCUGGAAGGGGACUGGGAGGUAAAUGAUCUGUUAAGUUCCCUUGCAACCCAAACCAUUCCAUGAUUCUGUGAUUCUAUGAUCCCUCCACUCUUGUUUUACUACAUAUCUGUGGAUGUUGACACAUUAUUUCUAAUUAGAGAUUUUUCAACCAAAACAGUAAUUUUCUAUACCAACUUUGUUUAUCCUGAGCAGUCUCUACUGGCCACUUAAGGGAACUCUUAAAAGUUUGGAUGCUUCUCCAUCAUGAAUAGCUCGAAGUAUUCUUUUUUCUUACUCUUGGUUCAUUUGAUAGUGCCCUCUUUAGAAGGCUCUUGAAAGCUCCUAAAUAAGACUCAUGCUUUCUGAUUUCUGAGAGCAAAUGUCUGAAAUCUAAGACUUAGUCUGGAAUAUUGAUUAUUGUGAAAAUUAAAAAAAUAAAUAAAGGAAGGCACAGAGCAAAAAAACCCACAUUGAAAGUAAAAAAAAAAAAAAAAAAAAGUAAUGUAAGCCUGAAUACAUUGAGGGCAGCUGUUUUAUGACCCUCAGCAUGCAUCCAGCCAGCCAUGGGAUGAUUUUGUGCUUCCAGAAAGUCCUUCUGGAAGAAAAAAUUCUCCUAAAUUGGCUGCGCUCUUGCCAUUUGGGAAGUGAAAUUUUGACCCCAUUAAAAGCACCUUCAGAACUCUCAUCCAAGAUUUAGAACUUCCUUGGGGCAGUUUUGGCUCCAGCUAUGUGAAACUGCUUCUGGCUGAAACAGUCCUUGAGUUGAUUGAGCAUAUCCCUGGAGGGAGGCAGGUGGCUUUGUGAAAAAGUUGGUCAAACAGUCACUCUGAAAGGGGAGUGACAACCACCACAGAGCAGCGUACAAUGGGAAAAGGGAAGCACAAAUCAGAAUUCAAAAAUGGUCCUUCUUCUUUCUCUCUCUUUUUUUUUUAAUAUAAUGGUUUCUUCUUUCUUUUGUUCUUUUGAAGAACUUGUUUUACUCACUUGAGCUGGAACAGUCUCUCAGUAGAGCUUUGUAAUGGAAAUGAGAAGAGACAUUAUCAGUUUCUUACCAUCUGCCAUAAAGUACAUGGAAAGAGAGAGGUUUUUCAUAUGUAUGUAAACUGAGGAUCAAUUUUCAGAGUUGUACCUUCUACUUCAGAGCCCAAGGUCUGGUCCUUGAUGUCUGCUUUGAAAAGCAGGAGUUUUAUCUCUCUAAUAGUCAAUUAUUUGAGGUUGUAAUGAGCAGGCUUUUUGGAACGUUGAAAAGCAGUUUCCUGGUAUCUAAAUGUCUUAACUGUUUCACUCUUUGCCUUUCUGUUAUGCAGAAUAUUGCCUUGUUGGAUAGAAAGCCAGCUCAGCAUUGACAGAUUUAAUAUGAAGAGACCUGUUGUAUGCUGACCUUCAGGUGAUCUCUUGUGCUUUUACUCUGUCCUCUUCACCUCACCACUAUGCCAUUUAUUUAAAAUGACACAGAAGUUAGAAGAGGAAAUUGAAAGCAAACCUCAACAAGCUCUGUUUCACUUGUUAUUUGAUUUACUACAAAAUAAGUCACUUUGGCACACAGUGGCUUGACAAAUACUGUUUGUGAAUAGCUGUAAUGCAAUGUAUGAUAACUACGGAUGAGAGGAUUUGAACUUUAAAAAUGUCAUGCUUGGUCAUUUUGACCUAUUAUUUACAGGCAAUUACACAUUCUCUCUGCUGUAGCUUAGUAAUAUUAGAUUAAGAAUAAUUUUGCCAUUUUAUAGGAGGAAAAGAAAGAUUUGCUCUGGUGUAUGAACAUACUCAUUAGUAUAGACUAUGCAUUUCCCAGAAGGAACAUUCUUGUGGUGCAGUGAUAGGAAAUGUCACAAUGCUUCAGAUUGAUGGAAGAUACAUAAGGAAUCUUUCAUCUCAGCAAAGAAUAAUAUUUCCCUUCUAGUAAGUGGAGUGUUCCUGCCAGUAUUGAUAUGUCUUUCCAUCAAUGAAGACAAAUUCUUCUCAGUGCCAAAACUCAGUGGAAAAUCUUGAAAUAGGAAGAGUAAAUUCUAAAUGACAUGCACUGUAAGUUUGUAAAAAGAACAUCCCUCCCAUCAUGUGAAAUAAAUUUCAAAGAAAGAAGAAAUUUAACAUACUGCAACUCCAGGUCAUGCAGGUACAAAAAGGGCAUAAACACUUUGAAACACUGUAUAGAAGGAUUAUAUAUUCUAUAUGGAUUUAUUUCUUAACCUUCCAAGUAUAUAGAAAAAAAGAGCAUUUCAUAUGAAUGCAGGCUCUUUCAUCUAAAUACUCCAAUUACUGCAAAAUUAAGUCUUUGGACUAAUUGCAGAUAUAUGUUUGCCUUCUAUGGAUAAUAAAUGUACUUAAUACACUAUUUCCAGAGUGCUGUAUGUAGAAGAUCCUCUAUAUAUUUGAAAACCAAAUCCAUAUUUCCUUGCAAUGAAUUAUUCAAACACAUUUUAUUCUCUGUGGGACUUAUCUCCUUCUCAAAUCUCAAGGCAAAAAUAGUGAUUAUUACAAGCUCUAAUAAUAGCCAGGAGGCUGAAAUCACAAAACAGAAAUCAGUAUUUUUAGGAGAAGCUUCUGAGCUCUGUGUUCUCUGAUAUGACUUAGAUAUUUCAGAUACAGUUUAUGAUUUAUAUACUUUCAAUGGCUUCCUUCAAAGUAUGGCCAAAAUUUUAGGUCAUCCUUCCCUCAAAAUUAUACACAAAUCAAAAUAAAGGACUGCAUAAAAAAUGUGAUUAUUCCUCAUAAAUUGUAGAGAUUAUGCUAUGCAACUCAUCUUCAAUCUAGUUUUUAACUAUCUUGGAAAUGAAACCAAUAAAAUAUAUGUUGUGCUUGA